UGUUGUGAAAAGAAUCUGCCUAGGUGCCUGCAGUGUGAGUGGGCUGAGGAGCGGCGCACUGCUGCUGCUGACGCACGCCGCUCCUCUCCGCUCCGCUCUCAGCCCGCAGUCAGUCGGAGCCCCGCACCGGACCCGCACCCCAGCUCCCCCGCCAGCCAUGGGCACCCGGCCCCGCUGCCACCCCCCGCUCGCCGCUCUCUGCCUGCUGCUGGUCGCGGGGUCGCGCUCGGCGACUUCAGAUACCAGUGUAUUCCUGAUGUACAGUGAGAAAGCAAGGAGUUGCCUGGAGAGCCGAGGUUCCAGUGUAGGACUGGCCCUGGCCUGUAAUGAGAGCUCCAGCAACCAGCAAUGGAAGUGGGUGUCCAGGCUGCGUCUCUUCAACCUCGGAUCCGAGCAGUGCCUGAGCACUCAGAGGAAGAAUGAGACCGUGUCUGUCCUGGGUAUGACGGAGUGUGACCAGGAGUCCGCCCAGAUGCGAUGGCAUUGUAACAAUCUAGGCAGUCAGCUCAACGGCAUCCUGAAUCUGCAGCCUGAAGCCAGCACCCCAGAGCCUGAGGGCCUGUGGAGGAUCUACAACACCGACGAGGACCUAUGCUCUCGACCAUAUCAUGAGAUCUACACCAUCCAGGGGAACUCCCACGGGAAGCCCUGCACCAUCCCGUUCAUGUAUGACAGCCAGUGGUUCCAUGACUGCACCACCAUUGGGCGAGAGGAUGGCCACCUCUGGUGUGCAACAACGGUGGACUACGGCAAAGAUGAACGAUGGGGGUUCUGUCCCAUCGCAAGUGACGACUGUGAGACCUUCUGGGACAGGGACCCACUGACCAACAGCUGCUACCAGUUCAACUUCCAGUCUACUCUUUCAUGGAGUGAGGCUCGUACCAGCUGCCAGCAACAGAGUUCCGACCUCCUCAGCAUCACCGAACUUCACGAGCAGACCUACAUUAACGGCCUCUUGACUGGCUAUAGUGCAACUCUUUGGAUUGGCCUGAACGAUCUGGACGUUGAUGGUGGCUGGCAGUGGUCUGAUGGGUCCCCACUGAAGUACCUCAACUGGGAGAGUGAUCAGCCAGUGAACUCAUUGGAGGAAAACUGCGGAGUUAUCCGGACUGAGUCUUCGGGAAGGUGGCAGAACAAAGACUGUGGCAUCGCUAGGCCAUACGUCUGCAAGAAGAAGCCAAAAUCCAUCAAUCCUGUGACCACAGAUACCUGCGCCAAUCGGACAACCAAGUGUGAACUGGGCUGGUUGAAAUUUCAAUGCAAUUGUUACCGGCUGAGUAAAGAGAGUAAGAGCUGGCAGGAAUCCCAGAAGAGCUGCAUGAGGUCUGAGGGAAACCUGGUCAGCAUCCACCAUCUAGCUGAGCUGGAAUUCAUCCUCACCCAGGUCAAGCAAGAUGUCGAGAAGUUGUGGAUUGGCCUCAAUGAUAUCAAGCAUCAGAUGAACUUCGAGUGGUCGGAUGGAAGUCCAGUUCGGUUCACCUACUGGCAUCCCUUUGAGCCCAACAACUCUGCAAGCAGCCAAGAGGACUGCAUCAUUCUCUGGGGCUCGGAGGGUCGCUGGAAAGAUGGUCCCUGCAACUCCAUGAUGCCUGCUAUCUGCAAGAAACCCGGCUACUUCUCCACAAAGGAAGAGGAGGUGUUGGAGGACAACCUCGGCUGUGCAAAGGGCUGGAGGUUACAUGGCUCUUCUUGCUAUUUUGUGGGUGAGGAAUCGGUGACAUUUGAUGAAGCCUUGAAGAAAUGCACAGAUCAAAGGUCAACCCUGGUGACCAUCCUGAACAGAUUUGAGCAGUCGUUUAUCAUCAGCCUCAUCCUCGGUCGCUCUGGUAACUUCUGGACGAGUCUACAGGAUGCCAACCACCCAGGGGCCUUCCAGUGGAUGGGAGGUGACACUGUCUCCUUCACCAACUGGAAUCGAAACCAGCCAGGUUACAAAGGUGGAUGUGUGGUGCUGGCCACGGGAAACUCCGUUGGACUGUGGGAGGUGAAGGAUUGCAACAGCUUCCGGGCCAAGUACAUCUGCAGGCAGAACCUAGCAACCUCUCUCGACCCAGGAGCUGGACCAGCGGCAGUGACUCCCACGCCCAGUGUUACUGGAAGCUGCCCGUCAGGAUGGGUAUCAUCCCCAACACUCCGAUACUGCUAUAAGGUGUUUCACUUCAACACCAUCUACGCUAAGAAGAACUGGGUGCAGGCACACAUGUUCUGCCAUGAGCAAGGAGCUCACUUGCUCAGCAUCAGCAGCUUUGAAGAGGAGAAGUUUGCUGAAAAACUAGUCCAUGAGAUAUUUGGGGAGUCAGAGGACCACGAGUAUCAUUGGUUCUGGCUUGGGCUGAAUAGACGGAACCCUGGGACAGACCGGAGCUGGACGUGGAGUGAUGGGACGGGAUAUUCCUACAACAACUUUGGGCGGGACACCUAUGACGAUGACAACAUUCGUCGUUGUGCUGUGACGGAUAUCGCCUCCUCACUGUGGCGCGCCGUGCGCUGUGAGAUUCAGCUGGACUGGAUCUGCAAGAUCCGCAAAGGAGCAGUUGUGAAAGAACCAGAAGGCACUGAAGAUACCUCAAGCAACAAGUGGGUUCGCUUCAAGGACGCCGAGUACAAGUUCUUUGAACAUCGCUCCACCUGGCCUCAGGCCCGUCGGAUCUGCACCUGGUUCAGAGCGGAACUGGCAUCCAUCCACAGUCAACAGGAGCUGACCUUCCUGGAACAGAGUCUCCAGGAGCUGUCUCGGGUUCAGGACCAGCUUUGGUGGAUUGGCCUCCACACCUAUGAGAAUGAUGGACGAUUCAGGUGGUCUGAUGGCUCACUCCUGAACUUUGUCUCCUGGGCCUCUGGGAGGCCACGGCCAGUUUCUAGAGACAGAAAAUGUGUCUACAUGUCACCCAGUAAAGGAGUGUGGGGUGACCAGAGGUGCCUGAAUGAUCUACAGUACAUUUGUAAACGGACCAACACCUCAGUGAUAAAGCCUCCGGUACUGCCUCCACCCUCUGUACAAUAUGGGGGUUGCCCAAAGGGAUGGAUUCCAUUUGUAAAUAAGUGCUUCCAGAUAAAUGGAUAUAACAAAGUGGAUCGUGUUAACUGGAUUGAAGCGAAGGCCGCUUGUGAGAGAGCAGGAGGGCUACUGGCAACAGUCUCCAAUUACCAUGAGCAAGCCUUUAUAACAGCCAUGCUUCCGAACAUCACCUUCGACCUCUGGAUUGGGUUGCACGACACGAGCAAGGACUUCCAAUGGCUGCAGAAGAAACCAUUGAAGUAUAUCAACUGGGCUCCUGGUGAGCCUUCAGGCCAGCACACCUCCUCCGCAGCCAAUGAACUGGUAAACUGCGUGGUGAUCUGGCACGCCUUACACCCCCAGUUCACUGGACGCUGGGAUGAUAGGAGCUGCACUGGUGAUAAAAAUGGUUACAUUUGUCAGAGGAGCAAAGACCCAUCCCUGCCAUCCAUACCUGCCAAGUUCCCACCUCCCUUAACGUCAGAGCUGACCUACAUGAACAGCACCUACCGGGUUAUUCAGAAGCCCCUCACAUGGCAGGAGGCUGCCUGGCUCUGCGAGACUCGAAAUGAGACCCUGGUCACCGUGGUGGACCCCUACCAUCAGGCCUACCUCACCCAGGUCGUCAACAGUGUCCAGCUGCCCCUCUGGAUCGGACUCUCCAAUGAAGAGGGAGGCAGGUCCUACUCCUGGCUCGGCGGGGAGGAGCUGUUCUACACCAACUGGCAGGACGGAGAGCCCCACCAGGUGACAGGCUGCGCUCAGAUGAACUUGGACGGGACGUGGCAAACAUCCAACUGCGACACCAAGCUGAAGGGAGCCAUCUGCCUCGCCGCUGGAGACUCAUGGUCAGCCAAGUCCAAUUUCACUGGAAGUUGCCCAACUAGCCUAGAGGAUUCAUCUUGGAUUCCCUUCCGCAAUCACUGUUACACCUUCCACUUGGAGAAAAAGGCAACCCCCAAGGAUGCAGCCAAGUUCUGUCAGAAAGUACGAGGGGCGGAGAUGCUGUCCAUUCUUGAUGAGACUGAGAACGUCUUUGUAUGGGAACAUCUACAGACGUACGAAAAUGAUACCAAAGGUGCCUGGCUGAGCCUCACGUACAACACAAAGGGUGGCUCACUUGUCUGGCCCGAUAAGACACCCUUGAACUAUUCGAAUUGGGCUCCAGAAACCGAGAACAUGAGUUUAAUGAGUCCAAACACAUGCUAUUGGAUCAAGAGUAACACCGGCAUCUGGGGGAUUGGUCCCUGUACCACCAUUGCUCUGGGCGUCAUCUGCAAAAUGCCAAGGGUUCAAGAAAGCAGUCUUGCUGUUUCCUCCAACCUGCAAGGCCGCACCUUAGAUAUCAUUCUGUACCUGCUGGGUGCGUUGGUGCUGCUGACCGUGGUGGUGGUCCUCCUGCUGCUGUACCGCCGGCGGGCAGCCUCGGGCUCGCGGCGCGGAGCUUUCGAGAGUGCACGGUACAGCCGGACGUCCUCGGCGCCCAGCGAGUCCGUGGAGAAAAACAUCCUGGUCUCAGACAUGGAAAUGAACGAACAGCAGGAAUAACGCUGGGCCUCUCUUCAUCCUCGAGCAGUGUGGAAAGCACAGACUGGUGAUCGGAACAAGACGCACAGAGUCCCAUCACAGUAACACUUGGGAUACAGUUGGCACUGCUUAGUGGGGACAUGCCUUUAGAGGAUACUUAUCCCAGGCACCCAUUCAUUCCCUAUGUGUGCAUGUAUAUAUAAUAUAUGUAUGUAUUAUAUAUAGAUAUAUAUUUACAUCACACUGGUAGAUUUUGCUUCAAUUGGGUGAUCUGAGAAAGGAGGCAAUUUGUAUCCGUGAGGGCACCCCAGUAAACAAGCUUCAACUGUGUUAUUGACCAUGGUGCAGGAGUGUUUCUAUGUAAAGUGCAUAAUUCAAAGUGUAAAAUUGUCAUGCACUACAUGUGAUGAGCCUUCCCUCAGUUUGGUAAAAAUGUUGGCCGCAGUGUUUACCCCAGUCUGCCGUUCUGCAGAUGAAAAUUGAGGAGUGUGUUUACACUGAGUGAAAGAGAUCUGGGCUGGUCAACCUUGUCCUUGAAAUCGUUCCCGGAAACAGCUACGGAUCUCCAUGUGACUCCAACCCCCAGGAAGCUUUGGAAAGCUGUCGGCACAGAGCAGCACAGAAAAUAGGCAGAGAUGACAAUUGAAGAACCUAAGAGAUUGGGAUGUGCACUCGAUUAACACAGGGUGGUUUGUAACCCCUCUGACCCAUCACUUGUUACACACUUGACUCACAUUUAAGAUCUUUAAAGAGUUUGACAGGAUGGAAAGAAAAACCAUUCUUCUGCUGGAGAAAUGCGGAACAAGGGGGGAAUGAGUGGUGAGUCGGGAACCACAGUGCCAAAAAGCUGGAACUCUCUGCCUGCAGAUAUCUGAGGUUCUAGGUCAAUUGAAAAUGUCAAAAUUGGGAUUGAAAACCAUUGAUAGGAAAGUACGUUAAGGGUUGCAGAAUGAAAUGGGUUAAAUGGAAUUAAGAUUCAAAUUAGGCAUAACCUAUUAGAAGGGCAGCACAGGGUUGAGGGCUGAAUGGCCUCCUACUUUGUCCCAAUUUGCAUUCAGCCAGGAGUUGAAGAACCUGUUUCUAAAAGAUGUUUGAAUGUGCAGGCACCUUGACUGUUCAUUGUGAGGGUAGAAAACGUGAGCCGGAAAAGGAUAUGGAAGGUGUCCAAGUUGGCAGAUAAGGGAACAUCUUCUCUCCCAGAUCUCUAGAGCCCUCCAUCUAAAGCACAAGGAGAGGAAAUAUGGGGGCGUGAUCUGUGAAAGAAGUGCCCACGUCUAAUGGAUCAUCAGGAGGUUUUCUGUCUACUGAGGGCUGCUGCAUGCAUUAGAUUUUUAUUGUGUCAGUCAGGGUCAGUGUCUGGUCAACAGAUCACACAGAUCUAUCAGCAGAGAAGAUCCCACACAUCCCGCAGUUUGGGAGGGGGUGGGGACGUGGAUUUAUCCUGAGGAUUAAGGGGUAUUUUCAUGAGUUUGUAAUCCUCGGCAUUGGAAUGAGUCAGUGGUUCCACAAAUGGACACUUUGAUCCCUCAACUUUCUGUCCAAAAAUGUUAAAGGAUGAAAGAUCAUAUGCAGAGGAUUUAAAACAUACCUUUUUAAAAAGGACAUUCAUGGAGUACCUUCAGGGGCAGCACAGUGGCACAGCCGUUAGAGCCACUGCCCCACAGCUCCAGUGACCCAGGUUCAAUCCUGACCUCCGGCGCUGUCUGUGUGGAGUUUGCACCUUCUCCCUGUGACCGCGUGGGUUUCCUCCAGGUGCUCCGGUUCCCUGCCACAUCGCAAAGAAAUGCGGGUUGGUGGGUUAAUUGGCCGCUGUAAAUUUCUCCCAGUGCGAUGGGAAGAAUCUGGGAGAAGUGUAUGGGAACGUGGGGAGAAUAAAAUGGGAUUAGUGUAUGAUUAGUUUAAAUGGGUCAUUGAUGGUCAGUUUGGUCCCGGUGGGCUAAAGGGCCUGUGCUGUGUUACUCUGAGUCCCAAGGUUGGUGGGGAACAGUUGAAGUGUUCCUGGAGAGAAAUCCGUGUGGGGCUCAGGGAAGACAAUUAGGUUACAUGUAUGUUGCAAAUACUAGUGAAGAAUGAUGCUGGUGAAGGACAGGGUAUUGGGUCAGUGAAGAGGGGAAGAGGGGAGCAUCGCUCGUGGUUCGGGAGGACUGGACUGGACAAAUACUGAGAGGGGUAAUAACAGCAAUCAAGUGAAAAGGGGGAAGGUGGAGAGACAUCAGAAACAUAGAAAUCUCAUCCUGAGGCAAGCAAUUAAACCAAGGUAGGAAUGUAUGUCUCACCUCAAUACUGUAAGGCAGAAGCAGAGAGGAAAAUAAAGGAGAGAAUUCGGGUAGGUUUUCUUCAUUAAAGGCAUUUUUACCAUCGCAGGAACACGGUUAGCUUCUACGGGGUAAUAGGAAUCCAGAGCAAUAAAUGUCCCUGAAGUUUAGCAUCGUGCCACCCAUGGUAGGAGUAUCAAUCGCAACAGGGCAUUGUUUGAAGGUGAGAGGUAGGAGUUUUUAAGGGGAUCUGAGGGGGGGGUGUUUUUUACACAGAGUGGUUGAUAUCUGGAGCUCACUGCCAGAGGAGGUAGUGGAAUCAGCUACCGUCACUACAUUUAAGGGGCAUUUAGACAGACACUUAAAUAGGUAAGGCAUAGAAAGAUACGGUUCUAAUGCGGGCCAAUAGGAUUAGUGUAGAUGGACAGAAAGGUCGGCAUGGACAUGGUGGGCCGAAGGGCCUGUUUCUGUGCUGUGCAACUCUAUGACCUUCUGAUCAAGGUAAAUCUUUCUAUUUUCUGACAUUCUUUCAAUUGACGGGGUUGUAACACUGGAGACCAACAUUUUUUUCCACUCUGCAUCUGAUGCCAUUACAAAGAAUUCUGUAGGGCACUUUAUUGUAAUAGUAAACUGUGCACAGAGCUACAAAGAGUCUCAAUGACAAUCAUACGAUACAGGGUGUGGUUGUGGUGAUGUUGGUGUGCACUCAUAGCAUGAACAGGCUCACCGCAUGUGAGUGGCCACGUAUUACUUUGCCUGUCUGGAAACAGAGGAAGAACAGCAAGCAAGUGUAAAGCAAACUAUAACUUGUAAUGAGCCUGCUCAGUAUGACUGGUUGAACCAACUUCAUCUAUGCAAAAGGUCCAAAUAUUUUUAGAAUUAAAUCCGUUUGAUUUUCAGGGGUUAGGGAAUCCAGUAGGGAUUUGACCCUUUCCCGUACUGGAAGUUACUUCAAGCUUUUCAUUCAUACACAUUUUGUGAUCGAGGAGCUCUAAAAAAUGAUUUUCUGUCCAUUUCUAUUGCUGAAUAUAACAGAAGGCAGAAAAAUUUGCCAAACAGGAUUCUCAGA